AAAAACACUACUAAGGAGUGCUAAAGUGGCAAUGAAACAGCCCAACAGAAAGAGGAAGCUUAGUAUGGAUUCCAAAGAGCAUUUGAAUCAGGAUGGAUGCUUGGAGCAAGCUGGAGAAGAAAAGAAGCCCCGGGAGGCUGCAACUCCGUCGAGUCACGGCUCCUCAGUGGCUGCACAGGAAGCUUGGUCUUGGGAGCAGUACUUGACAGAACAGAAGGCUGUAGCGGCACCCGUGGAACUGUUUUCCAAGGACCAAUCCUUUCCGGAGCAUGAAAAUGGUUUUCAGGUUGGAAUGAGAUUAGAAGGCAUCGACCCCCGACAUCCAUCUGUGUUCUGUGUGCUUUCUGUAGCUGAGGUGUGUGGCUACCGCCUGAGACUUCAUUUUGAUGGUUAUUUAAGCUGCUAUGAUUUUUGGACCAAUGCGGGUUCCCCUGACAUUCAUCCAGUAGGGUGGUGUGAAAAGACCAAACACGAAUUGCACAUCCCUAAGGGUUAUAGAAAAGAUAAAUUUGUUUGGAUGGAUUACUUGAAGGCUUGCAAAUUGCAAAAUGCUCCCAAGAAAUUAUUCAGAAACAGGAGUUCUCAUGGGCCAAUGCCUAAAGAAUUUCAGGUUGGAAUGAAGCUGGAGGCCAUCGACAGGAAGAACCCCUCCUUGGUGUGUGUGGCAACCAUAGCAGAUAUUGUUGAAGAUCGCUUACUAGUGCAUUUUGACAAUUGGGAUGAUAGUUACGAUUACUGGUGUGAUGUAAAUAGCCCUUAUGUCCAGCCAGUUGGUUGGUGUCAGGAGAAUGGGAGAACUCUGAUAGCACCCCAAGGUUAUCCUGAUCCAGAAAAUUUUUCCUGGACAAAAUAUCUGGAAGCUACUCAAACGAAUGCUGUUCCUGCCAAAGUUUUUAAAAUGCGGCCGCCCCAUGGUUUUCUGCCCAGCAUGAGGCUUGAAGCAGUGGACAGACGGAACCCCAGGCUGAUUCGCGUGGCUACAGUCAUCGAUGUGGAUGAGCAGCGAUUAAAGGUUCACUUUGAUGGCUGGGACCACAAAUACGACUACUGGAUGGAUGCAGACAGCCCUGACAUCCACCCAAUUGGAUGGUGUGACAUAACAGGGCAUCCCUUGGAAGUACCAUAUCGAGCAAAUGAUGUGAAAAUCCUUCCAGGUCAAGCUGUUUGUCCUACUCCAGGGUGCCGAGGAAUAGGCCAUAUCCGUGGUCCACGGUAUUCAGGACAUCACAGUGCUUUCGGCUGCCCGUAUUCCGACAUGAACUUGAAAAAGGAGGCAACCCUUCAUGAUCGCCUGAGAGAACAAACACAGGCAAAUUUGGAAUCUGACUCUUCACACUCAAAGUCAAAGAACCUCUGUACUUUGAACUUCAACGGAAAACAUGAGAAGGUGAACAGUCAGCCCAGACUUGUACAGCAGGCAAAGUGUUGGAAAAUCAAAGGAAAAGAAGAUAUUGACUUGGAUAAUCUCUUCAGAGAAUAUUCCGCUGAGCAGACUCAGCAGGCGCUGCAGCAGUCCGUCUUCAUGUCCUCCAUGUCGGCCCACCCAUUCCGGGACCUUCCGCUCGGCAGGGAGCAGCACUGCAAGUUGCUUCCAGGCGUGGCCAACAUCCAGGCAGGCGAGGUGGCCCGAUGGUCUGUGGAUGAGGUGGCUGAGUUUGUACAGUCGCUUCUGGGCUGUGAAGAUCAUGCCAAGUGCUUCAAGAAAGAGUGUCUCCGGAAAGGUGCCCAGGCGCACAGCAGUCAGCCUGGGCAUUGACCAGAAGCUGAUCAGACCAUCCCAAGGACCCACCCUUAGCACUUGCCAGCAGUGCCGGGCGGCUCUCUUUGAGGGCACAGGGAGACCCAUCCUGCCACUGACAAAGGUUGGUGGGCCAGCCACCCACCUGCACCGAACCCUCCCGGCCUCCGUUCUGAGGAGGCCUUGGGAGGAUUGGCCCUGCUCUCUCUCCAAGCAUGUGUGUAGCUGGAUUAUAUACCUUUAUAGAGUCACACCAUUGAAAGGCAAGAUCUCUAAUUUAGGGGGCUUCGUAGCAAUGAGUUGUUUGAACAAUUCUGAUUUCUUGUCAGACCCUCCUCGUUUUGUGGAAGUGACUAUAUCUGAGACUCCCACAGAGUGGGUCCCACAACUUCGAAGUUCCUACACCCUGUCCUUUCCUAUACCCACAGUACAUGCCCCCACGGAAGAGGAGGUCCGUUGUUUUCCGGGGGUGGGCGGGGCGGAGACAAACAGACCACACCCACCUGCCUCAUUCAGAAUCUUACAGUUGAAGAAAACUGAUUCACUUCUGUAAGAGGUGUGCUUAGAGGACCUUUAUUAGACCCUUACCUAAAUGGAAUUUUAAUAUAUUAUUGGUUCAUGUCAAUUUUUGUUUUCUAUGGGGUUUUGUUUGCUGUUUUUCUGCUUUUUUUUUUAAUUUUUAGACUGCCAUGU